AUGGUGUCGGACAAAACUAAGGCAAGGGUCAAAUACUGGGCCGCGAAACUUGAAUGUCCCGUCGAUGAGGAACGAGAUUACGAGAAUACAUAUUGGUGUAAUCGUGAUUUGAUUCCGAUUCCGAAAGAGCGACGAACUUGGACGUGGCAAGGCUAUGCCGGAUACUGGAUCAUCAAUGGCAUCAAUACUACCGCUUGGACCGCCGGAUCAAGUUUGCUGUCGCUGGGUCUUAGUGUGGGCCAAGCCAUGGGUGUCGUUGUUGGCGCCUCCCUGUUCGCGGCCCUGAUAUCGGUCAUUACUGGCUGGCCUGGGUCACACCAGUACCUGGGCUUUACUGUCCUCUCCAGAUCAUCAUGGGGAAUGAGAGGAGGAUUUUGGCCGGUUCUCAACAGGAUCAUGACGGCUAGCAUCUGGAUGGGCAUUCAACUGUACUGGGGAGGUCAAGCAGUAAAGAUUAUUCUAGGUUCCAUCAUCGGUCAUCCAUUUGUGCAUAUGAGGAACACUCUCCCGGAAUCUGCUCAUGUCGACACGGCCAGCUUGAUCAGCUUCUUCGUAUUUUUGAUAUUUUUCCUGCCCACUCUGAUGGUACCGCCGGAAAGAUUGCAGAAACCAUUUCUGCUGGCAUUCGCCAUGAUUACCUGCACCAUGUUCGGAAUGCUGAUUUGGGCUCUGUGUGCCGCACAUGGAGCUGGAACGUUGAUCAGCUCUGGCCCGACACAACGUGGUUCUGUUUUGGGUUGGAACACGCUUUACGGUCUCCAGUCCCUUGUCGGUGGCUAUGGCAGCGGUUGUCUUGGCCAGUCAGACUGGACUCGUUAUUCACGGUACCCCAAUGCGGCUCUCUUCGGCCAAGCCGUCACGGCCCCUAUUGCCAUUUCUGUCACGGCUGUCUGCGGACUGCUUAUCACUUCGGCGAGUGCAUCGAUCUACGGCACCGUUUACUGGAAUCCCUUCGAGCUUCUUCUGGCGAUUCAACAACACUCUCUCUCCCCUGGCGCUAGAGCCGGCACUUUCUUCGCCGCCCUGGGCUUCACCGCCUCGCAAUUUGCCCUCUGCAUUGUCCUCAAUUCGGUCUCGGCCGGCAUGGACAUGGCUGCCCUCAUGCCCAAGUAUAUCAAUAUCCGCAGGGGCGCUUAUAUUUUGACCCUGAUAUCGGUUGCGAUUUGUCCCUGGCAGUAUGUCACCCAAGCGACUGUUUUCAUCACUGUUCUCUCUGGCUGGAGUGUAUUCCUCUCCCCGAUGACUGGAAUCCUGUGCAGCGACUAUUUCCUGGUGCGGAAGCGAGAGUAUCAUGUUGGGGACCUGUACCUAGGUGUCAACAAGCGCGGGGCGUAUUGGUACACCCUGGGGUUCAAUUGGCGAGGAUUCGUUGCGUGGGUAAUGGCUCUCUGGCCCAUGUUACCCGGCUUCGCAAGAGAAGUGAAAGGGACGAGCGACGGAAACGGUUGGGACCGCUUGUACCAGAUGAGCUAUUUUUUCGGCUUCAUCACGGCCGGGCUGCUCUAUUGGACCUUCCACACCUUAUUCCCGGUUGAGAGACAAACCGGUAGCUCUCCGUUUACACUCGAAGCCCACAUCAAGCGUACACGGAUCGGAGAAGACAAAACCACUAUCCUCGACGGCCAACCAGUUGAUGUCUUCGAAGGGAUCGACGAAACGUGUAUCAAGCAGCCCACAAAGACGGAGGCCAGUGUGGUGGAUAGUAUCCAAAGAUAG